GACAACUUCAUCGCCAGUGAGAAGCAAAACAGAAUUCAGAAGCUUGGUGGCUUUCGUCAUGUUGCCCGAAUCACUCAAGAGCAGCUAUGCUCAGUACAAGGACGACACGGACCGAUUCGCGACGUGGCUCCUCCACGCGGCGGAGAAAUGCGGCUAUCAGGCCACCGGGCUUGCCGGCGUCGUCGACAGCACGGCCAACGGCAAGGGCAAGGCGAAAUCAAAAUCAAAAUCCACACCUGUGCUGCCCCUGAAAUACAAGGCCACCAUCUCUGAGCUCCGAACCAUCGGCCAGGUCGUGGCCGAGUCCUCCAUGAGGGUCCCAAGCGCCAUCCUCGCCGUGGCCCGCCGAGCCGUUACUCUGAGGAAAGACGCCGCCUCCUGGUUCGUCGGCAAAGGCAACACUGCCUCCGACAAACGACAUGCUCACUUUGUAUCCGUCCUUGAGGAGAUUUGCGAGUCUCUGGAGUGGCGCAAAACCGAAUCUCCCAAACAGGAUUCGGCCGCCCGUUCCUCUGCAGCUGCUCCCGCCAACGGAACCACAGACGCAAAGGCUGCCAGUGAGGCCUGGGUCAACCAGUUCGCGACUCUGACGGUCGAAGAGCCCGAGGAGGUACCGGAGUCUGGUGAUUCCUCCAAGCAGCUGGUCCACGUCGAACUGGUCGAGGACGCCGGCGUGAACGACGAGGAGCAAGACCUGAAAUACCUGUCUCAUGCAUACUUCCAGAUCUUCUGUCUUUUCCGGGACCUGCAGAACAUGCGCUCCUUUAUUCGGCAGACCUGGGAGGAGUAUCGCGACAACAAGCUCGAUAUCAUGACCGCCUCUGUGGUCACGGAUACCGCCAUGCAGCUCGCGCGGGCCGCGGCCGACGAGCUCAAGAAGGACACAUCAGUGCUCCCACACGAGCAGUUCCGCGAGCACGAUAUGCAGGCCCAGAUGAUGUUGUAUGAAAUGGCUUGCUUCGCCCGCGGAAACGAAGCAGUUUCGUCAAUGGAGCUCGGUCUGACGUUCAACGUCGGAAUGGCGCAGGAGGCUGAGUGGUGUUUUAUUCCAACAGGCACCCUGCUGAUGUCAUUCGCGCCCGUGAUACAGAAGUCCUCCGUCCCUGACUUCAAAAGCGGACACUUUGGCGUCUACGACCCAAAGUCUGAUAGGUCCCGCAUGUCCGUGGUUGAGCGGUUCAACGAAGACAAAAUUCUUUUGCUAGAGCUCUUGCCAGAGUUCUGCCUGAUACAGACUAUGGGCGGCAACUGGCCCGUCCGCGACGAGUUCACCCACGGCUUCUGCGAGUUCGCCAGGACCAGGAAAGUCACGCUAUGGCUGUCCUUCGCGGCCCAGGUAAUGCUCGACAUCCACCACACCUUGAGGUCGAGCCCGGACAGCCCCUGGAACGAUCUCCGCAUGACCGGACUGCGCAUCUCCAAGACCAUUGCCGACUUCAAGAAGCUCUCUGCCACGCACCCCAAGCCUGCAUUUUGGCCCAAGGAAGGAGACCAGGAGAUCGAGAACAUUCAACACACCGUCGACAGCAGUGUCAAGUUCGACCCACAGCAUGCUGUGUGGCAACUAGUAGGCACCAGCCAGAGGCACGAGGAGCACUUCUUCCUGAAGAGAAACCCCGUUCUCGCCGGAUUGUUGACUUUCCACCUCACACUUCGCAUGCAAGUCAUCGGCCAGGGUCUAGUGACCCAGUGGUACGACGUGCAGCAGAUGGCGUUCCUGUACAACCUGGUAAACACAAUCCCCGAGUCGAAGCUCGUUUGGCCUGACAUCGAGGCUUUCAUCAAGAUACACGGCGAAAAGCACAUCUUCGUCGGCAACAGGCCCAAGGACGCGGCCGAGUCGCUCAACAGGCUCGAAACCGCAACGGGUAUAUCCUCCGUCACCAGAUUUGCCCGCGACUCCCGGAGGACUGGUCAAUGGCACCGCCCAGAUGGGAAGUCAAACCGAGUGAUUACGCCCACGACCAAGGUCGCCAACAUGUUCCGAGACAACUACAUCAAGCCCGAGCAGACCCGCAACAUCGCCAACGCCGACAUCGGCAGGCUUCUGGACGACCUGGCGGGCACCUCCGCCGACACGAGAAAGAAGAACACCAACAAGCGGGGCAAGAAGAGCAGUAGCAGCCAAGCCAUGACCACCAACCCCGAGAGGCUCCUGCUGGACAAGUGGUCCCAGAAGCACAGCCUGGGCGCGCUGCAGUUCCUCGCCCUGGUGCGCACCAAGCUGCACGAGGAGGAGCCAGUCCUCAUGUUCAACUACUUCGGCAUGCACCAGCGGUGCAUCGAGAUGCUGCGGCGCAUCAAGGCCAAGGAGCACCACAAGUUCGCGCAGUACUUCACCGAGGGCUACAUGCCCGACGAGUCCAUGAUCUCCAACCUCGUCAUCCUCGUGCACCACGUCGCGCGGGGCUCGGCCGCCUCGUCGCAGGCCCUGGGCCUCAACGUGAAGCCCGGAGGCGGCAGCCAGGCCGUCAGCCGCAUCGUCAUGAGCUGCGGGGACGUGAUGCGCGAGUACCUCCGGGCCAAGGGGGACGUGGCGUGCAAGGAGCUGCGGGCCUUUUGCAAGAACAAGACGCCGCUGUAUGUCGAGGCUGCGGAGGUGGACGGGCAGGCGGACAAGGACUUUGCGUAUUGGUUUGGCCUGGAGGAGGUCAUCGAUCCCAAGGCGAUGGCUUCUUUGAUGACGGGGAUACCUGUGCGGUGAAGGGGGGAUACAGGUCCGUCAUGGCUGCCUAGGUAGCUUCGCAGGAGUCUUCCUAUGAGGGUUAUCGAGAGGUGGGCAUAAAUACCACACAGGCUCAAGCUUCUUGCUUUCACGGAGAGGCCACGUCUGCGGUCCUCACCUGCUAGGACAAUGUAAUAUAGUCCCCAGAGAAAUUGGGCACAGUCAGAACGCAGACGUAUCAUUGAAUCGUGCACACAGCCUGUAGGCGGAAAUGUGUGUUGCCACAGAAUCAUCAACAGUGAACAUUGGCAAUGGAUGUUAGUAGUGAAUAUCAUACGAGAAUAUUACAACUUAAUAACUGGA